CAAAUUUUUGUCUCCAGAGCUGUACGUUCCAAUCCUCCAUAUCCCAAGCUGUUCAGCACUUCAUCUCCCCACCUCAGAGCAACAUCUCCAUCUCGCCUCUACAACCAGCAAGGACGGCCGCCUCUUGUAUCUACCGGUUGCCACUGCAUCCUCUCCGCCGGCUGCUUUCCCGUCGUCUCCUGCCAUCGCUGCAACCACCAUCGUCUUCCACCAUCACCGCAGGUCUGCAACCAUCAUCUCUUCUUCUCUGUUUCCCCAUCAUGAUUGAGGAGCCAUUGACGCCAUUACUGGCGAUGGGAUGACGAAAGUGGUUUGAAUCGAUGUCGUUCGUCGAUUGGGUGUGGAUAGAGCCUGACGACGGCGGUGGACUGGAGACUAGGGUUACAUGUGUUGGUGGUGUGCUAGUGGCUGAUUGAGGGGCUGAACCCUGGUGGUUUGGGGCUGUGGUUGGCUAGCGACUAAGCCUACGAGCAGGGGUGCUGUGCGGCGGCAAGGGGCGGGGUGAGGGGUGAGGCAGCGAUUCUGUGCAAGGCUAUGGACUGGGAGUACGGGAGAAGGAGGGGCGGCAACGGUGGUGGACGGGGCCCAUGGUGGCAGGGGUAGCAGGGGCUUGGGAGGCUGGUGAGGUGGUUGGAGUUGGGGCUGUCUUCAACCCUAUUUUAGGCUAACAUGAGUCACCUUCUUCUUUUCUGUGCAAUACCUUCUUCUUCUUUGCUCUGAAUCAUCUUCUUUGUUUCUUCAUCGAACUCAUUUCACCGCCAUGUUUCAGAUCUGGUGGUUGUGGGGGCUGCUGGGGCUUGGGCAAGGCAGGGAGGUGAUGGUUUAUGCUGCCGCGAGUUGCUAGGCGACGCGGGGCUGGGCGGCAUUGGACGGCGCUGGGGCGGCGCUGGGGCAAAUAUUUUGGGGAUGGGGGGGAAGCUGUGGGGGGACGGGGAAGCAGGGGAAGGGGACUGGCUCUGGGGUAGGCACAGAGGCGGCGACCGUGGUGGCUGGGCAAUGUUGUGGCAGGUCAGUUGUGGCGGGGUUUAGGUUGCGGUGUUGCCAGUGGACGUGGCUGUGAAGCCUGGGCUGGGGAGCAGGGGGCAGGGGAGGGUGGUUGGUGCUGGGAAAAUCGCCAGACUUUUUUCUGGCGAAGAAUUUUUCCGACUGUCAUAGUAACUAGGGCUGAGCAAAAGCCGACCCAACCCGAAUACCCGACCGGAUAUUUCGGAUAUUACCCGACCGGGUAGGGUCAACCCGGGUAGGGUCAACCGACCCGAACAGCAAACCCGAAACCCGCCCAUAAUUAUUAGUGGGCCGGGUGGGCUUUGGUUUUUGCCCAACCGACGCGUCCGAAAACCCGAAGGCCCAGCCCAGUACCCAGCCCAUGUAUAUUUAUAUAUAUAUUCCCCUAAUAAACCCUAACCCAUUUCCGCCUCCUUCGCCAUCUCUCUACUCUUACUCUCUGACUACUCUCUUCGUUGACCUUACUCGGUUACUCUCACCCUCUGUUCCAAAUCUCUCCGCCUCCUUCUCCGGAGUCCGGUUGAGAGAUGUGGAGUGGUGACUCUAUGAGGGUCUGACUGUCUGAGUGUGUUCUUCAUUUACUCUCACACGCUUCUUGAGUUCUUGGUUUGAAGUUGAAACCCUAAAGUCAUCGGAUCGGAAGUUGAACUGUGGAAGCAUUGCCCGAUUUUCCCCUUUUUCGGUUGGACCUUCUGGUAAACCUAAGCUCACUCUUAGUCUCCCAAUCUCUCAUAUCAGUCACACUCAAGCAUGAGGUAUAACUUCUAUUCUCUGCGUGAUGAAGAGUGUGUAAAUUGUGGUUGUGACUUACUGACUUGUGAGUUGUUGUUUAUUGUGUGACUCGAGCAGCCUUGAAUGUUGGGGUGUGGAAGUAAAACAUGAUGUUGAAACUGUAUUGUUGGCAUGUCUGUCCGAAACUGUAAUUAUGUAUAAAAUAUUGUUAUGUCUUUGCUUGAGGUUGUGUGUAUGAAUGUUGUCUAUUACAUGUUAGUUAUUGUUGUUGUUGAUUGGUUCUUCUAAGUCUGUAGAGAAUAGUUAAGCCUACUGCUUAUACUAUUCUGUAAAUCACUUUGGUGAUUGUUCCAGACUUGAUUUCUAUGGCUGCCUUGACUGAGAAUGAUUUGAAAUGAUGAAUGAAUGAUUGAUGAUGAAAGAAUGAUUGCUUCUUUCUGAAUUGUCAUAGUGGAAGCUGUGUAAGGUUAUAUGUAUGAAUGUUGCCUAUUACAUGUUGGUUAUUGUUGUUGUAGAAGUUACCUGCUUGACUCAAACACUCAAGCUGAGUAGUUAGAGUUGACUGGUUCUUCUAAGUUUGUAGAGAAUAGUUAAGCCCAAUGCUUAUACUAUUCUGUAAAUCACCUUGGUGAUUGUUCCAGACUUGAUAUCUAGAUGAGAAGCUGAGCCUUAAAAGGUUGAUCAAAGAGACCACCCAAAGGGUCAGUAUAACAACUGACACAUGGACCUCUAUUCAGAGGAUCAACUACAUGUGUAUUACUGCUCAUUUCAUAGAUAGUCACUGGAAGUUACAGAAAAAGGUGAUUUCUUUUGUGCAAGUCACUUCCCACAAAGGGGAGUACAUUGCCAAGGCCCUAGAACAUUGCUUAUUAGAGUGGGGAUUAAAGAAUAUAUUCUCUGUGACUGUUGAUAAUGCAAGCAGUAAUGAUACUGUAAUAGGAUUUUAAAGAAAAAAUUUAUGUCAUGGGGUGCUUCUCAUGUUAGAGUGCAGUACCUACACAUGAGAUGUAUUGCCGACAUCUUGAAUCUGGCAGUCCAAGAUGGGUUGAAAGAUGCUGAUACAUUUGUAGUGAGGGUUAGGGAAGCAGUGAAGUAUGUUAGGAAUUCUCCUUCUAGGCUCCAAAAAUUCAAGGAUAUAUCUGAUUUGAUAGGAGCAGAGUCCAAAUGUGGCCUGCACCUAGAUGUCCCAACUAGGUGGAACUCCACCUAUCAGAUGUUGAAGUCAACAUUAUCCAAUGAAAGAGUUUUUGAAGAAUAUGAGGAGAAUGAAAGUUGUUAUGGGUCUGAUUUAGGUGCAGAAGUGCCUGAUAUUGGUGAUUGGCUGAACUAUGAAUCCUUAGUGUCAGUUCUUGAAAGUUUUUAUGAAAUGACCUUAAGGAUUUCUGGAUCUUUGUAUGUUACUUCCAAUACUUUCUCCUCUGAAAUUUCUGAUUUAUUUCUGGUGCUUCAAGACAUGAUGAAGUCUCUCAAGGCUUCCACAAGUAAAAUGGGCUCUACUAUGAAAUCUAAACUGGAUAAAUAUUGGGGGGACCCAGAGAAAAUGAACUAUCUGAUAUUUUUUGCAAAUGUGCUUGACCCAAAGGACAAGCUUGAAUACAUGCCUUUUCAACUGAAUGCCCUUUAUACUCAACCAAAGGGUGUGAAGUUCUUUGAAAAAAUCAAACUUGCUUUGCAUGGGUUAUUUAAUGAUUAUGUGUCCAACUACUCUGAUUAUGGUACUCUGAUUAUGCUUAUACAUGUCGUUUUUUUCUUUUACGUAUAAUAUACUUCAUAUGUUUUAUUGUACAUUAAACAUGUUGUUUUUUGCAGAAUUACUUGAUGGUAAUGUCAUUGCUGAUCCUGAUGGUCAUGUUGGUGGAUCUUCUCAUGAUCCUAUUGCAGUAAAAAACUACUUUCAUGUCUUUCAUUACUUAUUUAUUGUUGACACUUGACGGUGUGAAUGACUAAUUUGUUUAGCAGUUUGAUUGGAUGAUGGAAGCAAUAAAUCUAGUAAUGAAUGGUAACACAAGCUUAUUGCCCAUUUGCCCCUUGUGAUUUCUGAACUUAGAAUGAAUUGUAACACGAGCUUAUUCUCCUUUAAUCAUUUCAAUCAUCUAUUGGGUAAUAGGCUAUGAUGAAGCUUCCACAAUCAACUGAUUUUUGAUGGGUUGGUGUUAUUUUUUAAGUGCUAGCUUGGUAACUUUAGGUCUAUAGUUAUCGCCAGUUACUUCAAAUGUUUAUGCCCCCAUACAAAAUUUGAAUUGGAAAAUAAGCUAUCUGAGCCUAUGUCACUUGUUAACUAUUUAAUGGUAAUACACGUUUGUUCUCCCUUUAUCAUGUCAAUCAUUACUCAAUUACUUCGCUAUGAUGAAGUUUCCACAACAAACUGAUUUGUCAUGGGUUGGUGUUCUGUUAAGUUAUGGCUAGGUAACUAUAGUUGUUGUCAUUUACUGAUAUAAUAUGCCCCCAUACAAAAUAUGAUCUGAAAAUUAGCUAUCUGAGCCAAUAUUUACCUUAGACAGUGUGAUGAUUACAGAUUUACAGUUUUUUAACAAUAUAAUUUGUUUAGAGGCUUGAUAUGUACUUUAGUACUUAAUGACAUUAUUGUAUUUUUUUUAUAGGUGCAAGUUUGAAGGAAGUAUAAACAGUUGAAUGGGCGCUUACGGAUUGUUUUUGUCAAUGUAUGUUAUGAUUAUUUUGUUAUGUGUUAAACACUAUUAAACAUUAUUUGGUUAGUCGGUUUAUGAACUAGUAAGUUCAUUAACUGUCUUUCUUUAUGAACUGGGGUAUGCGCCUUUUAUUGUGUAAUUUUUGUAACUUUUGUUAAACACUUAACACUCAAACUUCUACUUUGUCAAUUGGGAUCUAUCUAUAUCAUAUAUGU